UUUACUUUGGCUAUAAAUACCCCGGCUGGGAGGAGGUAGCUCCUCACUGCCAACCAGCCAUUUCGAGCCUAGCUAGCCUUAGUCACCAUAUCACCUCGAAAGCUAAGCUAGCUUGGUGAUACAAGGAAGCUCUCUCUCUCCCAGCAAUGGCGGGCGCCGGUGCUCUCUUCUUCCUCUUCUCCUUCUGCCUCCUCGCCCGGCAGGCCGCGGCCGGCGGGUACGGCGGGUGGCAGAGCGCCCAUGCCACCUUCUACGGCGGCGGCGACGCUUCCGGCACCAUGGGCGGGGCAUGCGGGUACGGCAACCUGUACAGCACCGGGUACGGCACGAACACGGCGGCGCUGAGCACGGCGCUGUUCAACGACGGCGCGGCGUGCGGGACGUGCUACGAGCUGCGCUGCGACAACGCCGGCAGCUCGUGCCGCCCCGGGUCCAUCCUGGUGACGGCCACCAACUUCUGCCCGCCCAACUACGGCCUCCCCAGCGACGACGGCGGCUGGUGCAACCCGCCCCGCCCCCACUUCGACAUGGCCGAGCCGGCCUUCCUCCACAUCGCGCAGUACCGCGCCGGCAUCGUGCCCGUCUCCUACAGAAGGGUGCCGUGCGUGAAGAAGGGGGGCAUCCGGUUCACCAUCAACGGCCACUCCUACUUCAACCUGGUGCUGGUGACCAACGUGGCCGGCGCCGGCGACGCGCGGUCCGUGUCCAUCAAGGGCACGCGCACUGGCUGGCAGGCCAUGUCCCGCAACUGGGGCAUGAACUGGCAGAGCAACACCUUCCUGGACGGCCAGUGCCUCUCCUUCCGGGUCACCUCCAGCGACGGCCGCACCGUCACCAGCAACGCCGCCGCGCCCGCCGGCUGGCACUUCGGCCAGACCUUCGAGGGCGCCCAGUUCUAGUCCUCCUCUUCUUCCCCACAGGCAUAAGCAUUGGAGGGAAGAGACGGACGGAGCGUAUUCUAUUCAAGAAAUUAUUUUGCAUUCGCGUGCGUGCGUGCAGGAGGAGGAAGAAAGGCCGGCCUCUUCGUUAUAGUGAAGGAGGAGGCUCCGGGCUACGCUGAGGCUGCUAAUUAGCACCCGCUUAGACGUUUUCCUUCUCUCAUCGAAGUCUCAGAUUAUUGAAGACUCGAACAACCAUCCAUCAAGUACCGUACGGACGUAGUAGCGUGGCACUCCUCUCCUUGAAGAAGAAGAAGAAGAAGAAGAAGAAGAAGAAGAAGAAAAGAAGUUAAUAAUUGCACUAGUUAUGAUCAGUAGCAGUACCUUUGGUGGCUUGUACCAGUACUAAUUUGUACUACGGGGUGGUGGCCCUUGCGAUGAAAUUGAAGAUUUGCAAGGCCAUAUUUAUGGAUC